GAGAGAGAUUUAGAUCUACGACAGCCUUCACUUAUUGUUGACCCGUUUCAGCAACUGAUUCUUUCAAUUCCACUUUUUACGCUCCACGCCCUUUUGAUUUUCUGGCCUCAGUUUUCCUAAAUUUCAGCUAUUUUUCACGUGAUCUUGUCUUUCAAUUUCUGUAAUGCGGCUUCUCUCGUUCUUUUUUUCCCACUUCACUUUUCUUCAUAAAGAUUCGUUUGGCAUAUUUUGUCGUUCUUGUCUUUUCACCUCUGAAUUUGGAGUCGUUUGGCAUAUUUUGUUAUCUCUUUCAGUGUCCCGUGAUUUCGGGGAUAUUUUAAUUCUUAAUCCUCAUUAAAAAACACUACAAUAUUUUCAUGCUUUUUAUAAUCUGUGCAUAUAUAUUUUUAAUGAUAGGUUAUGUGGCUAAAUUUGUCAACCGCUUAGGUAGACUAAUUAAUUGAGCCGUUUAUUCUUGCAAAAUUUAUUGAUAUUGAUUUCUUGCCGAAUUUCUACUAAUAUUUUAGUUGCUCCAUUUUUCCUUUCUAUGCUUACUUGCUACUAGUAGUUUCCUUAUUUUUGUGGGUAAAGAUGUGGAUAGUGUAUAAAUAUGGAUAAAAAUUUUACUUAUAUGGAGAUCUUCGUUUAUUUGUUCCUAUUUACACAGUUGUUGGAUAAGAUCAUAUUUAUUUUGCUAAUAUGUAAUCUUUUGUCCUUUACUCAUCUUCUUGGAUCCAAUUUCUUCUUUCAUUUCUUGUGGAAUUUGAUUUUUGGGAUUGAUUUUCAUCUUUUUCUGCUGACAUUGUGGUUAAUCUAGAAUGUAAGAGGUGUGUAGUUCAUUGUGUUGGUUUUGUAGUUUUAGACAUUCUAUUUCUUGAUAGGCAUAUUAUCUAUACAGACUAAUUGCAUUUUCAUGGUCUAGUAAUCGCACCGACCCUCCAUCAGAUUCAAACUUUGGACCAUGAAAGUGCAGGUGUUGGCAAUUGAAACUAAAAAUAUAACAUAUAACUGUCUCACGUCGGUGGCAAGAGAAAACUGAAACUAGUAUAUAAGUCUCAUGGGCCCCUCCUCCUAUGACCAAUUGGUUUUAAGAUGGAACCCAUGGAUUUCUAUCAUGCAGAUAGUAGAACUCGUGUCGGGAGGUCUUAGAAGGCUAUGGAUUGCGUGAAGGUUCUUCUUGAUGGUGGAAAGGGGGGAGUGGAGGGUGCAAAAGAGCUGGGGCUCAAGAAUGUGAGCUCCCACUGCUCAAUAUCAGAGAUGGAUGAUUUUGAUCUCUCUAAGCUACUUGAGAAGCCUAGAUUGAACAUUGAGAGGCAGAGGUCAUUCGAUGAGAGAUCAUUGAGCGAGUUAUCAGUUGGUCUGUCGAGAGGUUUAGACAAUUACGAUAGUUACUCACCUGGUCGGUCAGGAUUGGACACCCCUGCCUCGUCUGCUAGGAACUCGUUCGAACCACAUCCAAUGGUUGCUGAUGCUUGGGAAGCCCUCAGACGCUCGAUGGUGCACUUUCGUGGUCAGCCAGUUGGCACAAUUGCUGCUUAUGAUCACGCUUCUGAGGAGGUCUUGAAUUAUGAUCAGGUGUUUGUUCGAGAUUUUGUGCCGAGUGCGUUGGCUUUUUUGAUGAACGGGGAGCCGGAUAUAGUCAAGAACUUUUUGUUGAAGACUCUCCAACUUCAAGGAUGGGAGAAGAGAAUAGACCGAUUCAAGCUUGGCGAGGGUGCUAUGCCGGCUAGUUUCAAAGUGCUUCACGACCCUGUUCGCAAAACUGAUACGAUCAUAGCAGAUUUCGGUGAAAGUGCUAUUGGAAGAGUGGCGCCAGUUGAUUCUGGUUUCUGGUGGAUAAUUCUCCUCCGAGCAUACACAAAAUCGACGGGUGACCUUUCUCUGGCAGAGACUCCUGAGUGCCAGAAGGGGAUGAGGCUUAUCUUGGCCUUGUGUCUGUCUGAAGGUUUUGACACGUUCCCUACUUUGCUGUGUGCUGAUGGUUGCUCGAUGAUUGAUCGUAGAAUGGGAAUCUAUGGCUAUCCCAUCGAGAUCCAGGCGCUCUUCUUUAUGGCUCUAAGAUCUGCUCUAUCCAUGUUGAAGCACGACGCAGAAGGCAAGGAGUUCAUCGAAAGAAUAGUGAAGCGUCUCCACGCUAUGAGUUACCACAUGAGGAGUUACUUCUGGCUCGAUUUUCAACAAUUGAACGACAUAUACCGGUACAAAACCGAGGAAUACUCUCACACUGCUGUCAACAAGUUUAACGUGAUCCCUGAUUCGAUCCCAGACUGGGUUUUUGACUUCAUGCCCACGCGUGGUGGUUAUUUCAUCGGAAAUGUCAGUCCUGCGAGGAUGGAUUUCAGAUGGUUUGCUCUUGGUAAUUGUGUUGCCAUAUUGUCUUCUCUUGCCACUCCAGAGCAAGCUUCUGCUAUCAUGGACCUUUUCGAGGAGAGAUGGGAGGAGCUCGUCGGAGAAAUGCCCUUGAAGAUAUGCUAUCCGGCUAUUGAAAGCCACGAGUGGCGGGUUGUGACCGGAUGUGAUCCAAAGAAUACGAGAUGGAGCUAUCACAACGGAGGUUCUUGGCCAGUGCUUCUAUGGUUGCUAACAGCUGCGUGCAUCAAAACCGGGCGCCCACAAAUAGCGAGACGAGCAAUCGACCUUGCAGAGAGCCGCUUGCUGAAGGACAGUUGGCCUGAAUACUACGACGGGAAGCUAGGGAGAUACAUUGGGAAGCAAGCAAGAAAAUACCAGACAUGGUCCAUUGCAGGAUACCUUGUGGCAAAGAUGAUGCUCGAAGAUCCCUCCCACUUGGGGAUGAUCUCGCUCGAAGAGGACAAGCAGAUGAAGCCCGUCCUCAAGAGAUCCUCGUCGUGGACCUGCUGAUCAAAGGGAGCAGCACGUUCGAGUUAAUGAUCCAACGACAUAAUGUGUUAGCACGAUGGAAGCCUGAGGCGAGAUGCGGUUUUGCUUGUCGGAAUCGGAACUAUGAUUCUUUGGCGAUUUCUCCCCCCUUGUUUGUAGGUUUGGGUUCAAGAUUUGGGUGUAAUUAGUCUUUGAAUCUCCUCCCUUAAUUUUCCUAAUAAAGAAAAAACAAUUUCAUCGUA